AUGGACAGUGAAUCAUCAACUAUAACCGACGAUCUCGACACUGAUGAACAACGACAAAUAGAAAGGGAGCAGCGAGUUACUGCAAUGACAUGCAUCGCAGUGUACGAAAAUCGAUUUAUGGACGAAAUGAUGAAAAGAUUUUAUCCUAAUCUGAAGCUACUAUUGCGUACGACCGCCCGAAUGCUUCGUUUUAGGUACCCUGAGUUCCGGAACUUCUCUCGACUCUCUUCAGAUGAACUCGACUACGCUCUGCAAAAGUAUGUGCAACACAUACAGCAACAACAUUUCUCCGGAGAUCUCAGUCGAUUACAACGAGGUCUCAGCGUUACUCGAAGCAGUCCGUUACACCAACUCAAACCGUUUCUUGACGAAAACGGUGUCGCCAGGGUGGGCGGAAGGCUACAGCAAUCGGAUUUUAGCUACGACAACAAACAUCCAAUCUUGCUGCAUCGACAUUCAAUCUUGACGUCACUCAUCCUGCUACACGAGCACCAAGAGCAUCUGCAUUGUGGUCCUCAGUCGUUGUUAGCAGCUUGUCGCACACGGUUCUGGAUACUGCGAGGUAUUAGUGCUGCUCGUAAGGUGUGUCGUGAUUGUGUGAUCUGCAGUCGAGCCCUGCCAGCACGUAUCACUCAACAGAUGGGACAGUAUCCAGUGGACCGUUUGAAGCCAUUUCCACCAUUUACCAUCACUGGUGUUGAUUACGCCGGUCCGGUGAACCUUGUAGGACGUCGACGCCGAGGUGCAGUACCAUCGAAGGGAUACAUUGCGCUCUUCGUCUGCUUUGGGACGAGAGCAGUGCAUCUGGAGGCAGUCUCGGACCUAAGUGCAUCAGCAUUUCUCGCCGCCUUCACACGAUUUACUAGUCGGUAUGGAGUACCAAGCAAAAUGUACUCUGACAACGCUACGAAUCUCCGGGCAGCGGCGAAGAAACUUCGAGAACUCUACCAGCAGAUCGACAUUACCGAACACAGCGAUGAGGUCAACGAUUUCCUCACCAACAAACGAGUACAAUGGCUCUUCAUACCCGCUCGAUCUCCCCACCACGGCGGGCUAUGGGAAGCUGGUAUCAAGGUUGCGAAAGGGUUUCUCAGCAAGACUGGAGGUAACUAUAUUUACACCUUCGAAGAAUUAAGCACUCUUCUCGCCCAGGUUGCUGCCUGCAUGAAUUCUCGUCCAAUUUGUGCCCUUUCGGACAACCCUUCCGAUCCUCAACCUCUUACACCCGCACACUUCCUAAUCGGGCGUCCUCUCGACGCUCUCCCAGAGGUCAACCAUCUCGAGCAGCAGAUGAGCGCGCUUUCGAGGUGGAACUAUGUUCAGCGUCUCGCCCAGGACUUCCGAGCACGAUGGCAAUCCGAGUAUGUGCUGUCGCUCCAAAGGAUGGCGAAAUGGCAAGCAUCGUCCCCCAAUGUUGCCGUAGGUGACUUCAUACUACUCGUUGACGACCACGAGAAACCGCAGCAAUGGCCCUUGGGACGUAUUCUGGAGCUUUUCCCCGGGAGCGAUGGACUCGUCCGACUUGUCUCGGUUAAAGCGGGCAACAACACCUUCCGCCGAGACGUCAGGAAGCUGCGACGAUUCCCUCUCGACAGUGACGAGUACUUGCCAGGACAAAACGGGUCGGAAAUUCCUACUCGUAAUUUGGUGGGCGGAUUAUGUUCGCACCAGAAUGAGCGACGCUACCCUACUCGCAGCAGCAGUAGAAGAAAUGGACUGUGUCCACCAACAAAAGAAUAA